GGAAUUUCAGUGACGUCAUACAGGAAAAACAUCGUCGCGAGCCAGGCCAGGCAAGCCGCAGGGGUGUGUAGGCAAAAUAACUACAAGGGAAUGAGAAUAAUAAACAGAACGAUGAUUCAGCCCUGGAUCACUCGGGGAUGAACUGGAUGUGCCAUGCAAAGAAGACACAGCAGCAACACGGAUGGCAUGCCCUUUGAAAGGUUUGAGUUCACGUCCUAGGACACAGGCAUUUGCAGGUUCAUCAUCACAACCUGAAAUUGUGCACUAAAGAGGAUUAAAUAUAUAUAUAACUGGUUAACUUCAGGAGCCAAAUCCAUUGAAAGGCAAUGCAAGAAAUAGACAAUAGACGACAGUCUUUGAACCGUCAAAAGAUGCAGCUGAUCCUCUCUCUGCUCUCCAGGAGCCGUAGCCAAACCCUUGGAUCAGAAAGCAGCCUGGAUGAAGGAGGUGUGUUUGACUGCCUGAAACCCGACUCGCCCACCUCCCCCCAGCAGCUCUUCUCCGGCCUGGUUGGGGUCGGGGUUCCCUCGGGAUCUGGUGUGCCCUCCGCAAACUUUCAGGCGGCUGGCCUUGUUCUGGGGACUCCUCCAGACGUCUUCAUCCAGAUGACUGCCUCCUCCAGGGAGGAAGGGGGGCCACACCGCUCUGAGUGUGGGCCCUACCUCCCCCGCCCGCCCCCGCACCAUCAUCACAACCACCACCACUUCCACCAGCCUCUACAGCACCGUACAUCCGGAGAGAGGCAUGGGAGCAGGGAGGAGGCCUCGGAGGACCCCUCCACACCGGCUCCGGCCUUGUCGGAGCUGAAGCCUGUGGUCACCUGGCUACAGAGGGGGUUCCCGUUCAUCCUGAUCCUCCUGGCUAAAGUGUGUUUUCAGCACAAGCUCGGUAUUGCUGUGUGUGUUGGGAUGGCCAGCACGUUUGCCUUCGCCAAUUCAUCAUUCAAGCACCAGGUGUCACUACGGGAGGAGAGGUCUGUGGUUGUAGCUCUCUGGAUGAUCAUGUUCCUAUCUGGAAACAUAGUGUAUCUCUACUACACAUUCAGUGCUGAGGAGCUGUACAACAGUCUGAUGUUUGCAAAGCCCAACAUAAACAGCUUUGACUUCUUUGAUCUAAUCUGGGCGGUGGGGAUCACCGACUUUGUUCUCAAGUACUUUACCAUCGGGCUGAAGUGCUUCAUCCUGUUUCUACCCAAGAUCCUCCUGGCCUUCAAAUCCAGGGGUAAGUUCUACCUGGUGAUAGAGGAGCUGAGUCAGUUGUUCAGGGCCUUAGUGCCAAUCCAGCUGUGGUACAAGUACAUCAUGGGAGAGGACCCGUCCACCAGCUACUUCCUAGGUGCCAUGCUCAUUAUCAGCUACAGCCUCUGCAAGUCGUUUGACCUCUGUGGACGAGUAUCAGCCAUACGCAAGGCCAUGACAAUUCUCUGCAGUUCUCAGAGUUAUGGUGUGAGAGCCAGCAGCCAGCAGUGCAGUGAAGCCGGGGACGUGUGUGCUAUUUGUCAGGGCGACUUCAGAGACCCCAUCGUUCUUCUCUGUCAGCAUGUGUUCUGUGAGGAGUGCCUGUGUCUGUGGUUCGACCGUGAGCGAACGUGCCCCCUGUGUCGAUCUGCGGUCAUAGAGACGCUGCACUGCUGGAAAGACGGCACCACCUCUGCCCACGUCCAGAUCUAUUAGUGAUUGAUGGCCAGAUGCCCACCAGACACUGGGGGGCACUAUGGAGUCCAAUUUAGUAUGCCAUUAAUGUAUCAAGUUAGUUACUAUACCUUCUCUACACCGCUGUCACUAUCCCUAUCCCUAUCACACUGCUUGUCUAAGUUUGGCUUCAGCCAUGUCUUGCAAAGAAAUAGAAUAUUAACUUAUCUCAGUGUGACCCAGCACCGUGUAGUAUGGGUUAGUAUUCUGGCAAAGGAUACCUAUAGUAGUAUCUCAGUACAACAAUUACUUGUUUGCUCAUGUAUUUAGUUUUAUUUAGUUACUUAUGCAUUUCACCUGAUUUCUAGUGUAGAUUCAGCUUAUGUUUAAUGACAUUAUUUAAAAUACAAAAACUUUCUAGAAAAAGUCACAGGUUCUGUUGUCUUUCAUUGUGUUUCAGACUUUCCAAUUAAACCAUGAUUUAUGCA